UGCACGCAUGCGCUGUGGGGCAUUGUGAGAAAAUGGCAGACAUCUCUUUGGAUGAAGUGAUACGACAGCGCGGUAUUAACGCCAAGGCACCCAUUAAACGGCCCAUGUUUGGACGGGGUGCAGGAGGGGUUGGCAAAAGUUUUGAUGCCCGGCAGAAGAUUGGGGCUAAUGAUAUCAGACAGCGGCUUGGAGGAGGAGCAGGAGGAGGAGGAGCAGGUUUUCAAGUGAAAGACGCCAGAGAAAAGCUGGGUCAGAAAGAUGCUCGCUUCAAAAUCCGCGGCAGGGGAGGAGGAGGAGGAGUGCAGGAUGCUCGUCAGAUGAUCAACUCACGCAAACAGGGGCAGAAUCAGUUUGGCGUCCCUGCACAGACCACACAAAACACGGCGGUAACGCACCAUCUGCAGAGCCAGACACUUGUGCCGCAGAUACAGAUACACACCAACAACAACCUCGCUGGCGUGAACACGAGGCAGUUUGCCCCCAAUGUACAAGGACUGAAUGCGAGGGGCACAACGCUACAGCUGAACAAUAAUAAGAGAAUGAUGGAUGCUCGUGAUAGACUGAGCCUCAAGAGGAGCAUUGGAGGGACACCGACACAGGCAGCUGCUGCACCACCACCCCUAAAAAUAACCAAGACCAUCCAGCAACGUCCAGUAGGAGCAGGGAUGUUGGGUGGAAUACGUGCAGCUACACAGCCUCUCUCAAAUGAACAUGAAGGCACCCACAGUAAACAAAUAAAAAUCACUACAGCUAAUAAUAUGCUACAGUCACGGCCUGGUGCAGUGGGCUCUACAUUCUCCAUGUCGGCUCCAAUCACCAAGGUGGUUAAAAAUGAUGCUUACACAGCCCCACGUCCUCCUGUCCCUGUGGCUCCCACCCGGCCUAACCCCAGCAUGGCUUCCACCCGGCCCUCAGCUGCAGCCUUACAACCAGUCUCCAGGACUCUCCAGCAGAGCACAGCGGAAACCAGCACAGCAGCUCCUGCUCCCCCUCAGCCUGCUUUCAGUCCGUUGGAGGGGACAAAAAUAACAGUGAACAACCUGCACCCCCGGGUCACAGAGGAAGACAUAGUUGAACUGUUCUGUGUGUGCGGGGCCUUGAAGCGAGCACGACUGGUGAAGGUGGGUGUGGCUGAAGUGGUGUUUGUGCGUAAAGAAGACGCCGUGAGCGCAUACAGGAAGUACAACAACCGCUGCCUGGACGGCCAACCCAUGAAGUGUAACCUUCAUAUUCAGGGAAAUGUCAUCACUUCCGAUCAGCCCAUUCUAUUGAGGCUCAGUGACACUCCCGGCGCAGGCAGCAGUACCAAGAAAGACGGUCUGCCUCCCUCCUUGUCACGCCCUGUCGGUCAGAGAGCUUCCUCUCAGCCCACUCCAGAGGUGGACCCCCAGACCAUCCUCAAAGCUCUGUUCAAGUCCACCGCACAGUCCACCUCCACCACUGAGCCCCCCAGCUCACAGGCCACCGCCUUCCGCAUCAAGAUAUAGCUCAUGUCUCAUGUGAAUACACUGUCUCUGUUCAUAAACAUAUUACUGCAUUCUCAGUGUUCCUCAUUCUCUCAUAUGAAACUGAUUUUUACACAUUUGAUAUACCUGACUUCUCCAAACGGGAAAUUCAUGGACACGCAAAAUCUUGUUUUUGGUUUUGUGCUGUCCAAAUAUCACCCGUUUGUCUCUGAGAUGGACCAGUGGAGGGAAGUGUGAGGUGAUAAGUUGUUUUAAUCCAAUGUGGUGGGGGAUGCCAAAUCAAACAGGAUGUGUAGGGAUUUUUUUUAAAUUUUUCAUUAAUUCAACACCAGCCCAUUUGAAUAUGUUGUUUUUUUAAUACUCACCCGAGUCCUACAAAAGAAGAGAAACUAGAAAAAAAGGAGAUUAAAAAAAUCAAAUUAUCAGACACUGAGCAGCAUUGUCACGAUGGAGAGAAUUAUUUUGUUUAAUACCCAUACAUCCACACAUUUGUAUUCAGUUUUAUUGUCUGUACCUCUUGUUAGAUUUUCUCUGGUGCAAACAGACCAUAGAAAUAAAACAGAAUACAGUAGAAGAAGAACAGUAGAUACUAUAUCUAUCUGAUUAGGCAGGACAACGAAACUAUGUUCAGUAAAUCAUUGCCACAGCUCGACCUUUAACAUGUAAAAUGACUGAAACACUUGUGAGUAAAUCAGGGAUGUUCAGACAAACUAUAACCAUCAUUUCAGUAAACCAGUUUUCAGACAGUCAUAUGUUGUGUUUUUGUUUUCACCAUCCUUGUGGCAUCCAGAUUCUUCUGUGCUCUACUUGUGACUGGUUUUACUCGGUUUUGAAGCAGUGUAUGUUUAAUUCUUCCUAGUAUACAUUAUAUUUGAUUUUUGUUCAAAGACUGUAAAUUACUUUCUGUUGCUUUCUUGGUAUGUCAGUCAAGAGACUAGAGAGGUCAGAUCUGUCUGUGAAAUGUCGCCAUUAAAUAUUUAGCUUUGUA